AUGGCUACCGCCAACGAAUCUCUCUACUCCCAGUCAUGGGGUCCCCUCGACACCCUCCAGGCCAUCCCGGGCCCGCUAGAGAAGCCGGUGCCGUACUUCAUCACAGCAUUCCUGCUCUUCAUCUUCUACUUCUCCGUCCAGCAGGAGAAGCCGUCGAUCGCGUCAAAUGCGCCGAUGCUGGCACCGAAGCCCAGGUGGGAUUUCACAGGGUUGAAGGUCAAAUAUGAUUUCGCCGUCUUCGGCCGCGCCGUCAUGAUUUGGAGGGCGAGGCAGAAGCCCGACGAGCCGUACCAGGUCAACACCGAGACUGGCGAGCUGACGAUCCUGCCGCCGAUUCCGUACGCCAACGAGAUUCGCAACCACGACGACCUCAGCUUCGACCGUGUGCUUGACAAGAAGUGGGGAAGUCUGGGGGAAAAUGGGAAUGCUCACAUGUUGGUGCAGAACUUCCACGCUUACCUCCCCGGUUUCGAGCCGUUGAGGGAGAAGAACCCGUACAAGCCGGCGCUGAAGCACGUCAUCCGAACAAGACUCACCCAGUUUCUCGCCAAGUUGACGGUCCCGAUGACUGAUGAGACAACAAAGGCCCUCAACGACAUCGUCGGCGAUGACCAAGAAUGGAAGCCCCUCGUGGUCAAGCAGAACAUGGUCAAGAUCGUCGCCCGCGUCUCGACCCGCAUCUUCGGCGGCGAGGAGCUCGCCCGCAACGACAAGUGGCUCAAGAUCACCUCCGAGUACGCGCGCACCGCCUUCUUCGCCUCCGAACUGCUGCGCAUCUUCCCCAAGUCCAUCCGCUUUGUCGUUCACCAGCUCAACCCCUUCAGCUGGAAGCUGCAGGGUCAGAUGAACGACGCGCGCCGCAUCAUCAACCCCAUCGUGGCGAAGCGCCGCCAGGCGAAGAAGGCCGCCGAGGACGCUGGCGAGGACGAGCCCGAGUACAACGACUGCCUCGAGUGGUGCGAGGAGGCGUCCGAGGAGCCCAUUGCCGACCCUGCCGUCCCGAUGCUUGGGCUGUCGUUUGCUGCUAUUCACACCACCGCCGAUGUCGUUACGCAGUCCAUGAUUGACCUUGCCCGUAACCCCGAGUACUUUGACGUUCUCCGCAAGGAGAUCGGCGAUGUGAUCCGCACCGAUGGAUGGAAUAAGAUGGGCUUGUACAAGAUGAAGGUUCUUGAUUCGUUCCUCAAGGAGGUCCAGCGCAUCAACCCCAUCAGCAUGGCCGCCAUGCAUCGCGAAGCCACCAAGCCCGUCACCCUCUCCAACGGCCUCGAGCUCCCCGUCGGCGCGCGCAUCACCGUCAGCUGCCAGCAAAUGUGGAGUUCGCAAGUCUACCCGGACCCCCAGCGCUUCGACGCCUACCGCUACCUCCGCCUGCGCGAGAGGCUCGGAGCCGGCAACGACGGCGCCGCCCACUUCGUGUCCACGUCGCCCGAGCAUCUCGGCUUCGGUCACGGCCAGCACGCUUGCCCCGGCCGCUUUUUCGCCGCGAACGAGAUCAAGAUCAUCCUCUGCCACCUCAUCAUGAAGUACGACUGGCGCCUGACAGGCGGCGACUACAAGCCGAAAACGACCACCUUUGGCCUGACCAACGAGACCGACGCCAAGGCGACGGUCGAGAUCCGGCGGAGGGAGAUUGACGUGAGCCCCAAGGCGUAA